AUGAUUGAUGACACGAUUGAUGACAUGAUUGAUGACACGAUUGAUGACACGAUUGAUGACACGAUUGAUGACAUGAUUAAUGACAAGAUUGAUGACAUGAUUGAUGACACGAUUGAUGAUACGAUUGAUGACAUGAUUGAUGACAUGAUUGAUGACACGACUGAUGACAUGAUUGAUGACAUGAUUGAUGACAUGAUUGAUGACAUGAUUGAUGACACGACUGAUGACAUGAUUGAUGACAUGAUUGAUGACACGACUGAUGACAUGAUUGAUGACACGAUUGAUGACAUGAUUGAUGACACGACUGAUGACAUGAUUGAUGACAUGAUUGAUGACACGACUGAUGACAUGAUUGAUGACACGAUUGAUGACACGACUGAUGACACGAUUGAUGACACGAUUUAUGACAUGAUUGAUGACAUGAUUGAUGACAUGAUUGAUGACAUGAUUGAUUCAAAAUAA